GCACAGAAGGGGGGAAAAAGCCGUGUAUCAUGAAAGCAUGAUAUUAAUCACCAUAAUUUGCUGAUGAUUAAAGAGGGAGGGAGAUUUUUUUUUUCCCAUCAACAUGCACUUAGAGCCAGGCUGAGGCUGGUUUCCAGGGCAACAGAAAAUCAGAAGCUUUCAGUACUCUGUCACAUCGCAAGCCCAAGGACCUCCAUCCAGGAAGAUUCUUCUGGAAACUAAUCCUUGUUUUCUCAAACACGCGUGGUGGGAGAGAUAUGGAGAUGGCGCUGUGAGAAAAAAAGCAUGCUUUAGGGAGCAGAAUAUGGAACGUGUGGAUCGUGUUUCUGGUCUUCUGAGCUGUUAAGGUGAAUUUUUCUCUUCCUGGUCAUAAAAACUGAAAGCCUCAGCAUAGCAUAAGCAUGGGAAGCCUUAAGACCCUGGCGGAGGACCACCACUGCCACGACAUCUUACUGGAGAGCCCAAUCUUGACUGAUCGUGGCCAGUGGCUCGCCGACCCCAACUCCAACUCCAACUUCGGCCCUGACCUCAGCAGCGAGAGCGACGCCACUGCCGCCGCUGCCACCAGAGACGGUCAGACUCCGCAGGGCACUCAGGACUCGGAAGCGACCAUGGCGACUGACCAGCCGGCGUUCCCCUCAGGGAGCUCAAAGGCAAGUGGUGAGGACAGCACCUCCCCCUCCCCCUCCCUGUCCUCCUGUGAGGAGGCUGACCUGUCGCGCUCUGAGCUCCUCCACGAGGCUGAGUCCUGCCAGCUUGAUCCUGUGCCAGCCUGUCUUAACGCGGCGGCUUCAGGGGCAGACAACAUGCGUCGAUCACACGUGUCGGUAAACAGCACCAAGCGACACGAUCAGCUGGGUGACGAGGGCGAGGGCGACGAUGAGGGUGGCGUCACGAUGGGCCAGCGCGACCAGUGGGGGGAGGAGGGUAGAGGUGGCGUUGGGGCAGAGAAGAGCUGUCCACCAAUAAGACGAGAUGUCAGUCAAGAGAUUACCAUACUGGUGACCAGCCACGACAACUGCGUGGAAGACGAACAAGGGGAGCUGCAGGAGGAGGAGAAGGAGGAGGAAGAUGAGGUGGGGGAGGAAGAAGCUGAGCGAGGUGGGGAGAUUGAGAGGGCAAGGUCACCCAAUAGCAUCAGGGAGGAAGAGCUGAGAGCCGAGAGCCAAGAUGUAGUGGACACAGAGGGCAGCGGGGGAGCCUUGGAGGGCUGCAUUGUAGUGGCGAGCCUCACAUCAACAAGCGAAGUGGAGAGGCCCCAAAUAGUUGGCUCUAACUCCUUGGAAACGGGCAGAGACAGUGUGUCUGACGCCCAAUGUGAAGAGGCAAAGGCGAACAGCGGUAGCCAAGUGUCCUCUGAUCCCAUUAACAGCAGGGGUUCAGGUUGUUUACCGAAAGCCCGUACCGAGGCUCAGCAGUCCACUGGAGCAAACAGCCCACUCAACUGUGACCUGAGUGCGGAUGGCGGCUCUCCGGGCACUGAGAAGCCCAUUCACACACAAUCUAAGUCCGUGGUCACUGGGAACGCCACCGAGCAUAAAGAGAUGGGGCAAAUGUCUAACACAAACGAGUCCUGCGCUAGCGAAUCGAAAGAGCGCCUCCAGAAAGCCAAGACACUCGAUCUCUCCAGUGGCAGGUUCAGCGCGUCCUCCAGUAAGACGGUCCAGGGCCAGUCCAGUCUGGAGGUGGUGACGAGCCACUCAGUGGCCACCAGUCCCAUGACACCACCAGAGGGCUCGGCUGCUUUCCUUUUUCCGUACUCCACUGCCACAGCAGGCGCGGGCCAUGCCAGCACAAUGGAGAUAAAGGAGUUCAAAUCGGUAGCAACUGCCCCCAUGAGUCCCCAGAAUUUAACUGCCCCAGCGGCCAUCCCAGAGGCAUGUCUUGUAGGGGUAGAGAUGCGAUCGGUGGCAACUGCCCCCAUGAGCCCUCAGAACUUAACUGCCCCAGUAGGCAUCCCAGAGAUACAUACUGCUGGGGUAGAGAUGCGAUCAGUGGCAACUGCCCCCAUGACCCCUCAGAACUUAACUGCCCCAGUAGGCAUCCCAGAGAUACAUACUGCUGGGGUAGAGAUGCGAUCAGUGGCAACUGCCCCCAUGACCCCUCAGAACUUAACUGCCCCAGUAGGCAUCCCAGAGGCACAUAGUAUUGGGGUGGAGAUGCGAUCAGUGGCAACUGCCCCCAUGACCCCUCAGAACUUAACUGCCCCAGUAGGCAUCCCAGAGGCACAUAGUACUGGGGUGGAGAUGCGAUCAGUGGCAACUGCCCCCAUGACCCCUCAGAACUUAACUGCCCCAGUAGGCAUCCCAGAGAUACAUACUGCUGGGGUAGAGAUGCGAUCAGUGGCAACUGCCCCCAUGACCCCUCAGAACUUAACUGCCCCAGUAGGCAUCCCAGAGACACAUAGUAUUGGGGUGGAGAUGCGAUCAGUGGCAACUGCCCCGAUGAGCCCUCAGAACUUAACUGCCCCAGUGGGCAUCCCAGAUACGCGCAAGGUUGGGAGUGUGCAGACACAGAUGAGUCUGGAAGUCAUGUGUCACUCAGUGGCGACGAGCCCCAUGACACCAUCGGGAGGUUCCACAGCUUUCUUCUUCCCGCACACCCAAAAGGUCGAGCUGAGAUCGGUGGCAACUGCCCCCAUGAGUCCUCAAGGUUUAACUGCCCCGGAGGCGAUCCCUGAGGCUCUUGUAGCCGGCGAGGACGAAGAACCCACCUCCCCAGAGAUCAUUCCGGAGCCGCGGGUGUUGGAGCCCAGCGCAGGGUCUCCAGAGCCUCCAGAGCCCUUACAGGACGUGAGCUGGGACGAGAAGGGCAUGACGUGGGACGUGUACGGCGCGGUGGUGGAGGUGGCGGUGCUGGGGACAGCCAUCCAGAAGCACCUGGAGAAGCAGGUGAGGAAGCACCGCAAGCAGACGUCCUCCGACGCCGUGCCCUCUCCCACCCAGAGCCAGAGCCAGAGCCUGACCCAGGAGCCGUCUCCGUCCGAGGCCCAGAUCCCCUCUGAUGGGGCAUCCUCCCCGCCGGCCUCCGACCUGGCCCUGGACCUGGCCCCCGACCCCGCCCCCGACCCGGCCCCCGACCCGGCCCCCGACCCCGACCCCGCCCCCGACCCGGGCCCCGACCCUGACCCCGACCCGGCCUCCACCGGCUCCCAGAAGAGACGGAACCCCAAAGAGGAGAAGAACGACAGCACCAAGAGGAAGGGGUGGCGCAGGAACCCUCUGAGGGGCCGUUUCCGCCGACUCCAUUUGCCGAGCUGCUGUUCCCGCUCGCGGCCAGAAGAGGCGCCGUGA